AAGCCCUAAACCCCCAGACCAACAUUCCUUCUUCCCCAAGGCCUUCCCUUCCACUUCCACCGACCAGGGCGCGCCCGCCCCGCCCGCCUGCCGGCUUCGAGGUUUUGCUAUUUGAGGACUUGCGAACUAGAAAGAUGGUACUCUGGGCUGAACCUAUUCCCCCGAUCGUUGUCCCUGGGAGUAAGAUUGCAGAACUGACAAAUGAUAGCAAGCAUGACACCUCAAAUCUGGACCAAAAGACAAGAAUGCGUACUAUUGAGCGGCACAGGUCUUGUGAAGUGAGUCAACUGAUCUUAUCUGAGGUAGAACAUGAUGGUACACCGAGAUCUUCAUGUUCUCCUUCUGUUGAAUCAACUAUAGAGACCCAUGCGUUGCACAGGCAUACAAUCGCAGAUGCUGCUUGGGAAGCCCUGAAGCAAUCAAUAGUUUACUUCAGAGGUCAACCAAUUGGAACUGUUGCUGCAAUAGACAGGUCACAGGCCGAACUAAACUAUGACCAGGUCUUCAUGAGGGAUUUCGUUCCCAGUGCCUUGGCUUUCUUGAUGAAAGGGGAACCAUUGAUAGUGAAGAAUUUUCUGAUAGAGACUGCUCGCCUUCAAUCAAGAGAGAAGAUGGUUGAUCUUUUUAAGCUUGGACAGGGUGUGAUGCCAGCAAGCUUCAAGGUGCACCAUUCCCACCCUACGAAGAAGACUGAAAGUCUGCUUGCUGAUUUUGGUGAAAUAGCUAUCGGAAGAGUUGCUCCCGUGGAUUCUGGCCUGUGGUGGAUUUUUCUUCUUCGUGCUUACACCAAAUGGACAAGGGAUAAUUCUCUGGCUGAAAGUCCUCACUGCCAAAGGGCCAUGCGCCUUAUUCUCAAGCUGUGGCUCUCUGAAGGGUUUGAUACAUCUCCAGCUUUACUUUGUGCUGAUGGAUGCUCCAUGAUAGACCGUAGAAUGGGUAUAUAUGGCUAUCCAAUUGAGAUCCAGGCCCUCUUUUUCAUGGCUCUAAGAUGUGCCUUAAGUUUGCUGAAAGACUCUAAUGAUGACUUUGUGUGCCAAAUAACAAAGAGGAUCAAAGCUUUGAGCUACCAUCUGCACAGUUAUUAUUGGCUUGACUUCCAAAGACUCAAUGAUAUAUAUCGCUACAAGACAGAAGAAUACUCACAGACAGCUUUGAACAAGUUCAAUGUGAUACCUGAAUCAAUCCCUGAUUGGAUAUUUGACUUCAUGCCUAGCCGUGGUGGCUACUUCAUUGGCAAUGUCAGUCCUGCAAGGAUGGACUUCCGCUGGUUCUGCUUGGGCAACUUCAUUGCGAUUCUGUCAUCAUUAGCAACUGGAGAACAAGCGGAGGCAAUAUUGGACCUUGUGGAGGAACGCUGGCAAGAACUUAUUGGAGAGAUGCCCAUGAAGAUCUGUUACCCUGCAAUGGAAAACCAGGAAUGGCAGAUAGUCACUGGAUGCGACCCAAAGAAUACUAGAUGGAGUUACCACAAUGCAGGAUCAUGGCCAGUGCUGCUGUGGCUCCUGGUGGCGGUGAGCGUGAAGCUGGGGCGGCCCCACAUCGCGCGGCGCGCCGUGGAGCUGAUGGAGAAGCGGCUGGCCAAGGACGAGUUCCCCGAGUACUACGACGGGCGCGCGGGGCGGUACGUGGGGAAGCAGGCGCGCAAGCACCAGACGUGGUCCGUGGCCGGCUACCUGGUGGCCAAGAUGCUCCUGGACGACCCUUCCAACCUCCGCGCCGUCUCCCUCGACGACGACGGCCGCGGCAUCCGUGAGCCCGUCCUCAAGCGCAGCAACUCCUGCCCCUGAUCCUGAAAGGCGCGCCGCUGGAAACACGAAACAGAAACACAAUGCUGCCGGUAACUGUACAGGUUUUGCGAUCACUUGGUUCUGAUGGAGAGGAGACGAGAGGAGGUAACGUUGCAUACGUCGUAUAGCUGCUAAGUUUGGCGUCAGUCACAGGUUCGAACACAUGUUCAUAGAUCGCUGUGUUUGGAGAGGAGGAAGCUCUUUUUUCUGUCCUGUUAUGUGGUAGAAAUGUUGGUAGGAUCGAUGGAAUGGUUUGUGAGGAGAGUGGUAGGGAUAACUGGGGACAUUUGCUUUGUGCAUGCGCUGAUUCACCGGUUGUCUUGGCUUUGGUUAGCUCUCGGCUCAGGUUUUUCGCUCGCACGUGUUUUGGAUGGAUGGAUGCUCUUGGAUUGGAAUGCUGAUGGUGUUUGUUGCUC